AUGGCUUGGUUUUACGCUUCUCAUGCAUACAUAUCAAUCUACAUUGUAACCUUUCUUCUUCUCUCGCGGUGGCCAUCUACUAUAGCAAAACCAGACGUUCCUAGCCAUUUAUCAACGAAAGCAAAGACAUGUCCGUUUCCAUCCACGCUGAUAUCAAAGGCUUGUAAAGGCACUGCGUCUUUCUCGUCCCUAGAAGAAGCAUGUAUCACAUCCCUAACCUCAAACCACCGCACAGCCUCUGCCUUGACUACAUCAGAACUGGCUAAGGCCGCGUUAUCAAUUGCCAUUGAGAAGGCAGAGCACACGAUGAUUCUCAUCGGUUCUCCGAAAAAGCCUUGCUUCAAGAGUUGUGCGGAGAACUAUAAAGAUUCUGUAGUUGUGGGGUUGAGGAAUGCAGAAAGGUCGAUGGAGAAAGGUAACGUGGAUGAAACCGAUGACGAGCUCAGUGUUGCUCGUGAUGCCGCUGAUUACUGCAAUAUGGUUUUGGCAGUUGAUCCUGACGAUACAAAAUCACCCAUUUUUGCGGCCAACAAUGAUGUGUAUAAUCAUAUUACAUUUGUCAUGAGUGUGGCAGACUUGUUUUCGAGCCUAAAUCAGUAA